AUGAAGGUCACCAAUAUUGCCCUCGCCGGCGCUGCCCUCGGUCUUGCCAACGCUACUCCUAUUGUGAAGCGUGGCAUCAGUGACGCCGAUAUCCUCAACUAUGCUCUGACCCUGGAGCAUCUCGAGGCCUCUUUCUAUGAGGAGGGUCUCAAGAAUUACACCCAGGAAGACUUUGUCAAGGCUGGCAUGAAUGACCCCUUCUAUGCCAACCUACGGGAGGUUGCUUCCGAUGAGAAGUCUCACGUGGAGUUCCUCACCUCUGCUUUGAAGGCUGCCGGUGCCUCCCCUGUCGCCGCCUGUACCUACAACUUCCCCUCCACCGAUGUGAACAGCUUCCUGGCUCUCGCCAGCGUUCUCGAGGGUGUCGGAGUCAGCGCCUACCUUGGAGCCGCCGCCUCCAUAAUGAACGAUACCUACCUCACAGCCGCAGGCAGCAUCCUAACCGUGGAAGCCCGACACAGCGCCUACCUGCGCGCCUCUCUCGGUGAAGCACCCUACGCCCAGGCCUUCGAUAACCCCCUGGACUUCAACGAAGUCUUCACAGUAGCCUCACCCUUCAUCGCGUCCUGCCCCUCCAGCAACGGCGCCCUCCCCGUGAAGGCCUUCCCCGCUCUGACAAUGAGCAACAUGGACACCGUGAUGACUGGCACCAAAGUCAACCUCAUGGCCGGCACCGGCUUCGACGCCAGCGCGACGGACAUCAACGCCGCCUUCAUCACCGUCACCGGUCCCGUCUGGGUACCUCUGGAGUCCAUGGGCGAUGGCAAGUUCACCGUCACCGUCCCCAAGGGCGUUGCCGGGCAGAGCUACGUCGUUCUCACCAAGGGAAACAAGACGGCCACUGAUGACAACAUUGUUGCUGGUCCUGCUAUUGUUGAGGUUGGGAAGAAGGGAGCUAAGGGUAGCAUGAUGGGUAUGGGUAUGGGUAAUAGGAUUGGUAACAAGAACAUGACUAUGUCUUCGUCGGCUAUGCCUACCCGAGCUUCUACUUCUUCCAUGUCUGGCUGGAGUAGCACUUCUGCGACUGCUGCGGCUUCCUCUUCUCCUGUCUUCAAUGGUGCGAAGAGGAUAUCGGGUAGCAUUUUUGGUGUUGUUGGUGCUGGUGUUUUGGCAGCUGCUCUUAUGUGA